UUUGCUUGAAAUAUAAACAAAAGAAAAUAGUUUCGUGGUCUGUAUACUUGACAUUCUUGAGCAGUCUUCAUCUUUCCCAUGAGGUGUUUAGUGAUGCAGGACUGGGUCUCAGAAUAUUGAGAGUAUUGUUCUUUUGUGGUUUCCAAAUUACACAUACAUACUGGUUGAACAUCUUUUAUUAGAACAACAUGCCGAAGAAUAAGGGAAAGGGAGGUAAAAACAGGAGAAGGGGUAAAAACGAAAAUGAAACGGAAAAAAGGGAAUUGGUUUUCAAAGAAGAUGGACAAGAAUAUGCACAAGUUACAAAAAUGCUUGGUAAUGGAAGGUUAGAAGCUAUGUGCUUUGAUGGUGUGAAACGAUUGUGUCACAUACGCGGAAAAUUACGAAAAAAAGUAUGGAUUAAUCAAGGAGACAUAAUAUUAAUUGGUUUGCGAGAUUAUCAGGAUGCAAAAGCAGAUGUCAUAUUAAAAUACACAUCAGAUGAAGCACGUAACUUGAAAACGUAUGGUGAAUUCCCAGAAACUGUACGUAUCAACGAUACUGUCACCUUUGUCGAAGAUGGUUUCGAUGAAGAUAUUGAAUUUGGUGAUGAAAUUAGUGAUGAUGAUGAAGAUGAUGUUGACAAUAUCUGAUGACCUUCAGUAUAAGAAUACUUAAAAGGUAUGGUACAAGAGUGCAUGAAGACACCUAUUUGUUUUACAAAAUAAUACCAUUUGU